CUUUGGGAAAGUUUUCCAUAUAUAAAGAGCCACUCACCAAAGUUGUUAUUACUUUCACUCUAAAAAUUUGUCUCUCCUCACUCAUCUCAUGGAUAAGUAUAUUUGCAACUGCGUCAAUUCAUUGCUAGGGCACUCUACGCAGAAUCGAUUUAUACAAUACAACUUCUAGUGGGCGUUAUUGGUUCUGCUAUGAAUAUGUACCUAGGGUUCAAGAUACCAAGACGAGCUUCAAUAAUUACAUGUUGCCAUCAUAUUUCUUGAAAUUUAAACAACGGGGAAGUGAUAAAGAUCAUCAUGGUCACAGAAAUUAUUAUUCUGCAAGCACAGAGGGACAACUUAAAUUGGACGACGACUCUAGCCCAGCUCUUUGGGCAUAUGGUGCAGGGGUGCGAUUAUGGUGGAUGAUUCUCCCUUAUUAUCACAUUUGUCAUAGGUCAAGCUUCCUCUUAGGAAAGGAAUCCCUACUUUUCUGCUCUGAAUUUAAAGAAGAAGUGAUCUAGAGUGCAGAACGCGAUUUUCUGCAGUGGGCUUCUCCAAGCUUUUUGAUUCUUCUCAUCCAUACAAGUGUGUCUUUUGUACAGAAGGGAUUCUCUGAACCGGAUACCGUUCGGAUGCUACGUCUACACUAGGUAGCUACAAGAUUAAGGCCCGUACUGUAUGGCACUGCACCUGUGUUUGAAGCCAUGUUUGCAAAAUAUAGUGAUCUUACAGCCAACUGUCUAUUCAAGUCCAAAUCCACGAGGGCUCAAGGUCAUAUGUAAUACUGUUAAGUGACUACAACAGUAUGACCUUCUGAGCUUUAAACUAAUAGAGGAGUAGAUCUCGGGCGCAGAAUCCUGGAUAUAUGCUGAUAAAGCGAAAUAUUCAAAAUCAUCUGGAAUGCUAAAACUCUACAAGGAUCUGAAGGAACUAAACUUGGUGUGAUUUCUUUGAGUUAUGGUAAAAUGCAGCCAUCAUGUUGCAUCUACAAUGCUUCAGAAAGAAUUAAAUGCAGAUAAGAAAGCUCAAGCUAUGUUCAUUAAGAUUUUCAGCAAUGUCAUGUAUGAUGACCUCGUUGAAGUUUAUGGGGCUUUACUUGUGCAGUUUCUAGUGUGAACAAGCGUUUAUGUUGUUGAACAAAAACCUUGAAGGCUUCAGGAUGGGAAGAGAACUUUGGCGUGAGACAUCACCUGUGAAAAUCACUCUAUUCUAGCUGUGCUUGUACUAGGAUUAGUUUUUGGCUGGACUAUUGGGCCUUCGACUGGUACAGUCAACCGAGAGGGGCAAUAUCCGUUUCUCUUUGUCUGAACCUCCUUUUAAGUACCUAAUUAGGUUCAGACAGAAGCAAAGACGGGCACCCUAUGUUACUGAUGGUUAUUGUGCAUCCGGAUAAUUUUUUUUUUUUUUAAUUGGUAACUUUGUGUUUUUCUAUAAAUGAUUAAGAUCAAACAGUACAUUCGUUGAACUUGCACCAUAUUUACAUCUGGAUAUUUGACAUUGCUUUAAUUACUGAUUCAUUACUUACUUGUCCCUGUACUUUGAGAAAUGACAUUAGUUUGAUUACCUUUGACAUCUUUAUCAGUAAGUUUAUUAUAUGUGCGUGUCUACUUUAACUUAAUUUUGCAGAUUUAUACAUAUUCCAAACUCAAAUCAGUGUUUUUGGUUAAACUGGCCUAAUUAAAUUUGUCUUUAAACAGCAGCCGAGGCUUUGUUCCUUAACCCUUUUAGACCUUUUAAUGCGUGGGACCCCCUAGGUUCUAGGUGGCAACAGAAUUGAUUUACUCAGUUUUUCCUUUCUUCUUUUUUUAGAAAUAAAUAUUUUAUUCACAUACUAGGAUUUUAUUUCCAGUCUAUAAUAGUUCUGAUGACAUGGACUAACAGUGCAUUCCACUACAUAAUCUAUUGCAAGACCUGCUGCAAACGCAUGUCUAUUUCUGAUACCCAGAGAUAGAUUAUAGUGCAAAAUCUAAUUUUCUUCUUUGAUUACUAUUCCUAUUAUAAGUCCUAAUGUUGAUAUUGUUGCUAGCAUAAAGCCAUAAACAUUACUUAUCCUAAUUUCAAAAUAAAAACGAAUAAAGUCUAAGACUGAGAGCAUCUUAUUGGUUGUAUUCGUUCAUAGUGGAAGUGCAAAAAAAGGGCAGAGAAGAAUUAAAUAGGUACAGAUUACAGUAAUGCAAGCAGAGUAUUUAUUAGCAUGCCCUCGGGAGCAAAUUCCUUUAAUUGAAACCCAAUUUUAAGAGGGCAAACCUGAAAUUUACGCAGUUAAGACAACCUCGGUCCUACUCACACACAAUUCAGAAGUGAAUUUUGUUUUGAAACGUUGGUGAUGUAGUCAAUGGGUUUUGAAAGACUCAUUGACAGAUGUGUUCUGCCUCUGCUGCAUGCGUUACAUUCGUCAUACAACCCCUCUUUUCUUUCUCUCUCUCUCUCUCUUACUUGUCCUUUGUACUGGCGUCACCUUUUAGGUCUUUCUGUACUUCCAUUUUCGUCUUUGAUUUCUUCUAGGUUUUAGAGACUUAAAAGCUUGGUUUGCAGUGCUCUUCUUGUUCUCUGUGUGCUAUGAGAAAAGGAAAUGGAUGCCCCGGCUCGUGCUUCUGUGUCUGAGGAGGAGGAACACAACAGAGGACUUUUUGAAGCUGGGAAUGAGCUGCAUCAGACGCCCCCUUCUUCUAAAGAGGAGCUUCUGGAGAAACUUGAUGUGAUCAAUUGAUUAUGUCCAAUUCAGAACAUGUAGAGCCAGUAAAAUGGGGAUGGAAACAUGGAAAAGGACGGCAGUGAUUUGUAGUGUCGCUUUUCCUCUUCUCUGUUUUGGCAACAUGAAGAAGGCUGAGAUGUUGGUAGUUGUAGAUCAGAUUGUUAUGGUUAAGCCUUCAGGGAUUAGCUCAAUAGGCACAGGUUGAUGGACUUAUGUAUUAGGUCACAAUUUCGAGCCUUUCACCAGGCAAACUCAAUCAGGUAUUUAAGUGGAGAAGGGUAGAGGAGCGGGCCCAUCAUCCCCAAGUUCCAAAGGUUGCGGUUGGCCCAAAGGGUUGGCUCCAGAUGGAUUUCUCGAACUUAAAAGAAAGAUUGGUAGACUUGGAAAGUAUAAAGGAAAGGAAGUAAAGGCCGAAAGACCAGGAGGUAUGGGAGAAACUAUGUCUGAAUGCCGGCACCAAUCAACUACUAGAUUGAGCUUUUGCUGAUACCACUGCAUAGGAGUAAAUAUCAAGGACGGCCAUUCACUGACAAGAAAUCUGUUCUGAAACAGAGGUGGAAAAUGCUCCCACAGAGCUUGCACCAAAUGCUGCACCUGAGAGAGUUGCUCCGUUCUUAGAUCAACCACCUAUGUUGCGAAAGAAAGCUGAUCCCAAGCAUAAGGACGGUGAUGUCGUUAUAAAGAUGGAUACAACUUUAAAGGAAUCAGAACAUGGAGAUGCAAUGAAGCAGCAGAAAAGCACCGAUUCAAGGACCACUUUGCGAUCUGAAAACUUGGGUUUCAUAAAUGCAGCCAAAAAAGCACUAGAUCCAGAAGCUACUCAAAUUUCAAAGUAAAGAGGUUGGAAACCUACUUUUUUGAAUAAACCAGAGGAAGGAUAUGAUGAUGCUUGGAUAAGUGGAGAACGGAGAUCAAAAUCCCAUAUUCUCUUGAAGGGUUGUGGGAAAGAUACUUAAAAGAGGAGUAGCAGUUCACCUAAAUGUGCAGUCUCCAAUGAUUUGUAUUUUUCAUCUGGUGAAGAUAAUACUCCAAAUAAUGACUUCUACAAAGAGACUCCAAAAGGAGAAAAAUGACAAAAUAUCUGUGAAUGAUGGUGCACAAUUUUCAUCAAUUUCAGCGAGAUUCACCGGAAGCUAUAACCAAGAAGAAAGUCUCACAGCCUACAUCAUUUGCUUCAGAAGAAUUUGCUGUUGUGCAAUCAUUAGAGAAACAUGAAAACAACAAGAAGAAAACUCUACCUUCCAGAUAUCGUGAAAAAUGACGGCGGUCAUCAGUUGGUGAAUCAGGAGCUGUGGUAAAUCAAACAGUUUUCCGUCUUUUGUUAGCCAAACAGGGACAAACUUGACUAUGGGAACUUGUACUAAUACUCUCAGUUGAAGGGGUCACAAAUAUUGUCUCCAUAUCACUUUCGCUUUCAUCCUUCAAAUAUGCACUGUCUCAAUUCAUUGCUAAGAUUCCACGACACCAUACCCAGACCUUAAGUAUCAUUAUGGCAGCGACUAACAGAGUUCCUAAAGCAUUUUGGGUAAAGUAUGUCAUGCAGUUUUCCUGAAAUUGGACGACUGCGUUUUGGGCAUAUGGUAAAGGUCAAGAAGAUUGCUAAGUAUACAAAAGAGAUACUGUCAGCUUCAUUACAAUUGUCUAUGCUAUAGCAAGGAGGCAAAAAACUAGUCUAUGGGCAACUUCCUCUUAGGGCCGUUGAUAUGGCCUAGGGACUCUCUGAACCAGAUAUGGAGAUGCUAUGUCUAUGCUAUAUUCAGUAGCUACAAGAUUAGGGCCGGCACUGCACCUGUGUCUGAUGCCAUCUUUACAAAGCAUAGUGAUUGUACAGCCAACUGUAUGUCUAUUCAAGUGCAAAUCGACGAGAGCUUAAUUCCUCCCUUAAGGAUGCAGAGUCUGCCAUUCUUGAGAUAUCAAGGAAGCAUAGGAUGAUAACAACACGAUCAUUGAGUGUGAAGCUGCUAAGGAGAUGAAAACACUGUUUACAAGAAUGGCAACUUGUGUGUACUGCACGAAAUGGUUUCCCUGGCUCGUGCUUCUGUUUCUGAGGAGGAAUGCAACAAAAGACUUCUUGACGUUGGGAAUGAGCUGCUUCAGCAGCCCCCAUCUUCUAAAGAGGAGCUUCUGGAGAAACUUGAUGGGGAAGCAACUGAUGAUCCGACUCCUCCAACAAUGAUCAUGCAACAUAAUACAACUCCAAAAGGAGUGCACGAAAAUGAAAGGGUCAUGGUUGAUGUGCAUGGCUAUAGAGUAAAAGUGAGCAGUGGUCCCAUACUCGCUGCCUUUUUUGCCACGUAUGGUGACAUUGUAGUCAACUGUCACUAUAAAUCACUGGCAUCCAGAGCUUCCCGUCUUGAUCUAGUUUGUGAUAUUGUAAGGAAGCUGCAAACCGGUGAUGUUAGCUCUUCUUCCAUCAAAUAUAUGAAAUCUCUUGUCUCUGCUGCUGCGGAUGUCAAGCUUGAAGUAACUUGGCUGCAGCAGUAUCUGGAUGAGAUUUCAGAAGUGGAAGAUAUGGAGAAAAAGUUUUCCGAUCUGAUGGAGUUGAGCAAGACUACCAUGCUUGUGUCUAUAGCAGCUAAAAAGGACUUGGUAGAAAGGAAUAGGAAGGUCUUAGCAGCAGAGGAACGGCUCAAAAAGGCUGAAAAGCGCUUGCAAGAGGUCCGAAGCCGAGCAGGAGAGGUGGAAAGGUCUGUCAAAGUAUUUGAAACAGUGCGUGAAAAAGUUCAGCAGGACAUCAAGGAGGUUGAGGAUCAAGCACAGUAUCAGCUGAGUAGGUUGAAUGAGCUUCUGUAGCCCGAAGCUGUUUUAGCCUUAACACUUUUCCUGAACACUAUUGCCGAGUAAAUCUAAAAUAUGUGUUAAAUCAACUUUUUAAAUUUGGUUUCUGGAAUGGUGUAUAUACAAAGUAAGUCUGUACCGUGUGGAUAUCAAUAUUGUGGAGCAACACAUUGAUUUCUCAGUAAAAUGAGUUCAUCAACAUUCUUUUUACCAGCA